AGUCUCUUAUGAGACACGUGUCCAUCAUUCGUCGCGUCUCUUUCUCUCUCACGGAAUCAAUCUGCGUUGCUCUUGCUCUCCAUGACGGACCAGAAAAGGAGAGACAGGAAGAGUCAGAUCUCUAUCUUCUUCUUCUUCUUCCACCAUUCUUUCUUUCGGCGUGCGGUUCAAACUGUCACAAACGGCUAUGGGAUUGAUUCGAUUGGACUCGUCUCUCUCGUUGAGGCUUUGGUUAACGAAGGUCUCUACAGUGUCCAUGUCUGUGCUCCUCAAACGGAUAAAUCAUUCUAUGACUCCUGGAGAAACCAUUGCUGCGAGCUCCAUUAGUAUCAAAGAGGAAUCUGUGGUUGCGACUGAGUCGCUUACGAGAGAGGAUCUCAUUGCUUAUUUUGCCUCUGGUUGCAAACCAAAGCAAAAAUGGAGGAUAGGUACAGAACAUGAGAAGUUUGGUUUUGAGGUUAAUACUUUGCGCAUCAAAUAGCCGAGCUGUUUAACCUUCUUUAAUCGUGGUCUGUGGAUAAGCGAAAGAACAAUCACUUCUCUGCUGA